UCACUUUCUGAUCUAGCAAUACCUCUGAGCUUGUAGAGCUCCCAUUAACUUAGAGGCAGAGCACUGCAUGGGCUCAUACAAUUUUAAAGCAAUCUAAUUGGUAUUUUCUCCGAACAAGUAACAGUAAUAAUUAAAUUCGGCAUUUCAAGGGAUGACCAUGCAGAACUCCUACUGAUGUCAAUGGGAGAUGGGCACUUGGUCCCUCCACAAGCAUAGUCUGAUUCACUGUUUAUUUUGUUAAAACUUUGGACUUGCUAUUCCAUUAAUUGACUGUUCUCUUUGUCUUUGUAUUUACUUUCCCAGAUGUUCCAGCCUAUCAUUUUACUUAUUCUCAUCCUUGUAUUAUUUUCAUCCCUUUCUUACACAACAAUAUUUAAACUUGUCUUCCUUUUUACACUGUUUUUUGUACUGUAAGCCAUUCAUCAUUUACUGUUCAUUGUAGUAUUAUUUUCAGUUUGUUUAUUUUGUCCACCCUCCAAGAUAAGACGUGCAAGAGACAUAGUUUCUGUAAUAGCCACUGCUGUAAAAACACUGAAGACUACUUGUUUGCCAAACCUAAACCAAAUCCCCCCAAAAAUGAAAAAAAAAACCUUGAAAAUCACCCGGUUGAAUAGAAAGACUGCUCAUCACAAUGUUCCAGGUCACCACUGCAGUUACCCUGUGCAAGUCACCCCAAGUCAUUUCAUCAGCUGAUGAAAUGCAGUUCCUCUGAAGCACAACGUAGGAGUUGCAAAAAUCCUCUUGUCAUCAGCUGCCCUGCCCACAAAAAUAUACGUCACCCCUGCUUGGGGCACUUGAAGACAAACAUCUGAUGGGUGAAUUUGUCCAGAAUUUUGUGCUCCAUUAGCCAGAUCAAGAUUUGCAGAACUGGAUCUCAGCUAUCUACGUGUUUCAUUGCUUUCACUGCUGUUUAGAAAUGGACUGAAAAACUUCUGAAGGAUUUCUUAUUCCAUGAAAGGAAACAUUCAGGGAAGAAAGAAAAAAGCAGAGCUAUCUUGUUGCUGUUACACAGACUGUAACCAUGGACCUGCGUAAACAACUGGAGAAUACAGAGAGGAACUGGAAUAAGGAGAAGAUGGAGCUGCUGGAGAGAUUUGACAAUGAAAGGAAAGAAUGGGAAUGUCAAUGGAAGGUCAUGCAGAAGAAAAUUGAAGAGCUUUACCAAGAGGUAAAACUUAGAAGGGAGAACAAUAUGAAUGUCCAUGAUAAUAAGGCCAUUCAGAGCAAGAUGCUGCAGCUGUCCAUGCAUUCCCCUACUUCAGAAGAGAGUGACACUGUGGAGCUGAACUAUCAACACAAUGUGGUAAAUGACAGGAUGGAAAAAGGGAGUUUGCUCAGUAAAACAGGACCUGAAUGUAAAGAAACCAGAGCCAAGAGCAAGAACAAUAUUCUGCUAAUGGACAAUUUGGCCUUUGAGAACCAUGAGGAACCUGAAGACAGUAUCAGCAUCAGAACUUCCAAGAAAAAUUCCAAUAAUUAUAUUGGUGAUCUCAAUGUAGCUCUUAAAGAACUUGCCAGAGUUAGUGAAGAAUUAUGCAGCUAUCAAGAGGAAAUUCGAAAGAAGUCUAACCACAGAAGAAUGAAGUCACUUCCUUUCCUGGGGGAAUUUGAAGAAACUCAAAACACAGUUAUUCUGCCUGAGAUGAACCAUGUGUCCAGCAGUGAAUCACAGACUUCAGUUGCUUUUGAAACAGAGGAGCAUAAUAAUAGGAAGAAUCUGAUUAGCUCCACCAAGGGUUUGAAGGACAUGUCCUAUGGUGGUCUUAUUGGUGACAGAGGAGCAGACUUCAGACCUUGGCAAAAGAAAGAAGCUCCACCAGUUCCUCCACGGAGCACUUCUCGACACCUAGCAAACUCACUUUCUGCAGUUGUACAGCUUUCUGAAGCACCAGUGAGAGAUGCAGGCAUCAAAAGCACUUGCAAAGUUCAGGACUGUCGGAGUGGAAGGAAACUGAUGAAUCCUUUGCCUAUAAAACAAAAUGAAACCGCAGUGACAAAUGAAGGGCAGACUGUGAAAGGUCCUGUGAUGGUAACUGCUGCAAUACCUGUAACCAAAAAUGAGUGCAAUGUACCAACAAGUUUCUGCCACAACACGUGGGCAUACGAUGCUGGCAAAGACAGUAAAAGUGAGUCCUCCCCACUGUCAUCCCAGAAAAGUUGCUCAGAUGGAAAUAUGGCCCAAAGCAGCAAGAUGCACCAGAAACAAAAUCCCAAGUCUCAAAGCAGUCCUUUUUACAGUAAUGACUUUUAUGCCCCUGCUACCCUACACAGUGAUCUUUUGGGAGACUCUAGGUAUACUUUGGGAAAGACCCAAAGAAAUGAAACCUUAGCAGCAAAGAUUGAUGAGUUUAACCGGACUGUAUUUCACACAGAUAAACGUAGCAAUGCUUUGCAGGAAAACCAGGUGACUCAAACAGCAUCAGAAGAUCACAAACCCUGCAGUCCACCUUGUGACUCUGCUAUUAGCAGGACAGAAACUGUAGAUACAUCUUGUGUUUCAAAUCCUAAAUUCUCUGCAGCAAAGGAACAAGAAGCUAGCAACCCCAGCAAAGCAUCAUCAAGAUCAGCAGGGCAACAAAAGCAAGUAAAUGGACUUCCAAAUACUAGCAGCUAUAGACACAUGCUUCACGAGCAUGACUGGAGACCAAGUAAUUUAUCCGGUCGCCCGCGUUCAGCUGACUCAAGGUCAAACUAUGGUGUUGUUGAAAAGCUUUUGAAAAACUAUGAAAAAUCCACAGUGACUUCUCCGUGUAAUGAAAAACGCUGCAAAGAUAAGCGGACACGGGCAAACACUGAAUCCACUGAUGAGGGUUGUGAGACGUUGAGUCAGUAUUUAGAAAUGCUUCAGAUUGAGCAAGGAAAGCAAGAAUUUCCGAGGAAUUCAGCCAGGCAUAUUGGGCAGCAACUCAAGCAAGGAAAGGAGAGACAGAAGUUACCAGAGAUAUCUGUGCCAGCUAAAUGUUCAAGUGGGAAGGGUUUCUCCCGACCAGCCCGACCAGCAAAUCGACGCUUACCUUCCAGAUGGGCUUCGAGAUCACCGUCAGCACCGCCUGCUGUGAGAAGGACGGCAUACAACUGCUCUGUCUCCUUUCGUUCGGAGACCUCAGUAGUCUGAACCCAGAGAUGGGUUGGGUGGUGUUGUGGAAGCUCUGCACCUCAUUGUAACUGUGUUCAACAUGUGUUACAGCGACCAGUUCUACCCUGUCCUAUCUUGUCCAAGAGUGACCCCAUCACAUGCCGGACAAAACGUUUUGAAUCUUAGGUCAUUAUCAUGGUCUUCAGUGUUUUUAUUAAGAUGGAACAACUAUGCCCCUGGUUUUCUCCUCUUUCAUUUCUUUUUUAGUACUAGCUCACAAAGAAUUUAUUUUGAGUGGCAUCUUCCUUAAUUUGCCAAUCAAUUUUGAGUUGGAACAAUGUAUAGUGCUGUAUAUUCUGACUCUUCUGCAAACAGCAGAACGUAAAGCUGUAUGCAUGAUCAUGUGUUUGUAGGUGCAUGUGUUGGACUAGGAAGUAUACAGGUCUGUAUUUAGAAGAGAAAAACUGUGCUAGUGUUGACAUUGAAACUACAACCUAUAUGCCGACAUAUAUAUAUAUACUUUGUGUUUAUUUUAAAAAGUUUGAAAUAUACAGUCCUGAUGACAUUUAUAUUUUGUAUAUCUUUUACAUAGGUUCACAGGUGUAGUAUUUAAUGUACAAAAACUAAAUAUGCAUUUUUGUGACUGAUUGCAGCGAUAAUGCCUUGCACAAUAUGUAUCUGAAGCAGACUAGCUCGACUGAUUUGUCAGUCAUGCUUCAUGGCAUCCUCGUUCAGUUUCCUAACCCUUAUGAUACUAGGUCAAAAUACCCAGACAUAUUUUUUCUGAAUUAAAAUAUUAUAUGAUUUGUAAUACAUUAACCUUUUUCAGCACCAGAGACAUUCCUGAAAUGACCGAAUCCCUUUAAAAAGCUUAAAUGCGCCAUUAUAUAUAUAGCAUACUGUAAACACUUCGGUAGUUUCAACUAGCGUAACAUACAAUUUAUGAAGGGAAGAUAAGGGUUGUAUAUGCUCAAUUCUGUGAAACUUAUUUUUCCUUCUAGCGCUAUACUUUGAGGUUUGGCAAAGUCAGAGAACAAUGGACUUGUUUACUUUUCACUCAAGGCAGGAGAACAAGGACCGUUGUUGUUCCCAGUGCUGCAGACACACUCCUUUUUUACUCUCCUCCUAGACUAGAGUGCCUGAGUCACUUGCUAACGUACCGCUCCCUGACUGACUCGUGGCAGUCAGUUACGAAGUUUACGUGCUCUCUGGCAACAAGCUGCAUCUAGUAUGGAAAUACUGCAUCGAGAUAUCGUCACAGUGGUGCCAGAAAUCCCAGGCAAAUGGCAUUGGAAGUGUGUUUUUGCUAUCACCUGACUCGGCAUUAUGGGCCAUUGCGAUGACGUGUACAGAGCCUGGCUUGUUCCUUCCCACACUGUGAAAGAAAUACAGAUACUACCCAGACUCUUGCUGAAAAGACGGUGUCCCUCAUCCUGGAAUUUUUGCACCCUUUUCUAGGCUGUUGCUGGAUGCGUAGUGUGGUAAAGACGAUAAAUGUCACCUUUAAACAACAUGUCUGGGUUAAAAGGAGUAAAGACGCACUUCAACAUCAGCCUAAUCUUGUCCUGCAACUUUUCUUCUUCUCCUGGAGAAACAUAGUGUGUUCAAAGGAAUUUCAAAGAUCAUCCCAGAAUCCAUUAAUGUGCACAUUUCAUAUGUGAAUGUAAAAAGGAUUUCAGAGAGAGUGUAGGCUUUUGUCCUAGUGAAUUGUUUGUGUGGCAAUAUAGGGAAAAUUAGUUGUGCUUAAUUUGAUAGUGAUAUAUUGUCUUACUCCAGUCAUUAUGAGAAUCCACAGCUUUUUGCUUCCUUUUAGGGCCUUAUUCUUCUUUCCUCUGCAUGCCUAUAGUUUUGCAGAGAGAGAAAGCAGAGGACAGCUUGUUCUGAGCAAUAUACCCUUCAAGGUAGUAUCAAUAACUUUUCGGGAAGCCAGUGUUGGACUGAGCAGGCAUUACAGCCAUAAAUCCAACCUUAGCCACAGAAUUGUGGCUGCCUGCUUGGCAAGAGCAUGCUCAGAAUAAUUUGCCCUGUCUAAACUUCCUGUUAUUUUCCAUGCGUGAGUGGCAGGAAACCCCGUCACAAUACAUGAAGGCUUCAAACAGAUCACCAAUUCAUCAAAAUUCACUUGGACAUUAUUGCAAAGUAAUUACUAGAAGUGAUAUAAGGACAGAGAAUCGUGAAGAAAAUAUACCAUUCAGACAGACACAAAAAUCUAUGUGCUCAAGUGAAAAAAGAGUGCUAUAAAUUUGCUUGUUUGACCUAAUUUAGAGAUUGCACUCCAUUAACUUCCUUAGCACUAGAAAAAUUACAAACGAUUUACAGUGAAUUGGAAACACUGCUUAAAAGUUUCUCUAACUGUGGAUACCGGCAAACUGAAAUGCCUUGCAAAUUGACCUUUUAAAUGCCUAAGUAGCUGAGCAGCUUUAAAUGCCUAAAGCUGAGGAAAGGGUAAUGUGAGAGAACUGUAAAAUUACGGUUCUUCAUUUCAGAGUGCUGACUGCAAUCAAACUUCCUUCAAUUACCUUCAUGGUAAUGUUAAGCAGUUUUGUUCUGAAACAUGGUGGUGCACUUUUGUUUGACGAAUGUAACUAUGGAACAGUUUCCCUUAACUAAUCAGUGAAGGUGUUUCUUUAGCUCACUUAAUUUUAUUUAUUUAUUUUUUGAUCGCUUUGGACAUAUAUCACAUUGUUGAAUAACAGAGAAAGGAUCAACUACUUACAACAUUCCCUGAUGUAUGUAAGUUUAAUGAGCAGAAGGUUUUUGAAAUAAAGAACAAGUCCAUUUUGUCAAGAUUUUCUGUGUCCAUCUAAUUAUAGACAUUGAUUCUGAUGCCUGAAAGUAUCAAAACCAGUGAUGUAGGUCUGUAGGUGGCUAGAUGGAUAUACCAAUUUUAGAAACUUGCUGAUGAAGCUAUUUAAAUAUUGUCUUCGGUCAUACCCAUGACAGAGCCAGCGCACUGUUGUGAGGUUUUUAGUUCCCAGAACCAUGAUUACUGAGCCAUAGGACUGGCUUCAUUGCACUUGCUGUAGGAGGAAAGAGCUCCAGGUUCCCCCAUAUGACAGGAAAGCGUAGGUAUCUUGGAAGCUCUUGGGCAAAAGAGGCUCUAUACACAUGCACGCGGACACUUGUAAAAGAACCACAAAUAAUCUAGGUAGAAUCAACUUGUAAUGCUGGUGUCGCCUAUGGAAGCUGAUCAUUUUCAAAGACAUUUUUUAAAAUAAGCUUUUAUUGUUCUUCCAUAUGCCAUCUCAAGUCAUAGUGUCAAUACAGAGUCUUGCCUGUGCUCUGAACAAGUCUAGGAUCUUGCUAGUGUAUGCUUAGGGGCACUGAAAUAAAUGCAGCAGGGAAUUUUCAAAGCGUAAAAACCCUAAACUAAGUAACAGGGCAGGCACAUUGAAGGGCAACCUCUUGCACGUGAGAAAUCAGCUGCCCACCAAAAUAUUUACAAACUGAUGGGGACAUCAUCUUUCCCUCAAACUCUUUUUGGGGAGAGCAUGGUGGGGAGAAAACACACAGAGAAGAGUGGGUCAGGCCUUGCCUCCAUAUGCAACAUAGCAGGCCACCCGAGCGCUUUAAACCUCUGGAAAUUGUUCCUCAAAGACAGAGCAUAUUUCCCCUAAAUGUUUUAACUUUACAGUGUUAGUGAUAGACUUCUUAUAUAUCUUUAAAACGUUGCUGAAGGGAUGAACCUUGCUUGUUCUCCGUCAACAACGCAAUUAUCUUUGACUGUUACUGUAAAGGAGUUAACUGUUAUGUAUAGCAAAGAGUUGGCCAUCAGUGUAAUAUAACUCUCCAGAGCACCCAGAGCACCAGUUUAUUGCUCCAGUUGUCUACUUAAGAAAUUGUACCUGUAAAUAGGAAUUUUCUAUCCAAAUGUCUUUGACAGCAUUUUAGCAAGCUCCACAUCAGCCCAGCAGGUAGGCCAUUUCCCUCAGAGUUUUGUUGUUUCUGGACUGAGCCUAAAUUUCCUAGCAUGAGAGAACUUAGCAAUUCUCACAGUGGUGCUAUGCAAAGAAUUCCUUUGGCUUUGAGACCUGCGGUGUACAGCUGUAGCAAUUACACUGCUGAUAUUCUCUAUUGAACGGAUCUGUAGUGGGCUCUUUGGUUGUGUACAUGAUCUUCAAACUGGAAGGCAGAAUGCAUUUGCUCUCAGCGCACUAAAUCAAAGCCCCUUGUUGCCUCUGGCCUUUCCAUCCCUCCUUGAUUCCUGGUGGAUGUAUAUUUUUAGGUUGUUUAUUGCCAUUGCUCUUUAUGUAUAUGCCAUACCACAGGACUUUCUAUUUGUACCACCAUCAAAAUAUUUUUGGACAGCCUAUUCUUAAAAAUGCUGAUAUUAUUGCCAUUCACAAAUAUAUUAGAACUUGAUCUAUUGGUUCGCAUUACUGAAAAUGCAAUUUCUUCAUCAACUGUUAAUGGCAUACGUUAUAUAAAACUUGUUGCUCUUGCUUUCUGAAAUGAUGACUGCUUGUGAGGUUUGCUUCUACCCCUUACCCGCAUUUCUUCUCUGUUUUGCAAAGUGCUUGUGUCAGCAGAGAUGUGUUCCUGACGUGUGCGGUUCGCUCAGUGGCUGUGUGGUUAUGGGAGCUCAUACCUAAGGGUGCCUUGCAAGCUAUGUUACUCUACAAAGAACUGUAUCGGCUUUUUGGUGGUGUAAGGAGACAUGAACCCUCAAUAAGAUCAAAGUGAAAGUGUGCAAAUAAAAGCCGCAAAGGAAACAGAUCAAUCAAA